CACUGGAAACCCGUCAGUUCCAAGGUCGCAGGAGCCCGCGGAGGAUUUAAGUUUCGGUCAUUUUGCACACCAGAGCGGCAGAGGCGGACAAACCGGUCCGUGGCUGCAGAGACGGAGUCCCCCCCCCCCCCCUGCGAACGUCUCCGGAGGCAGCUGACGCGCAGAGAGCGGUGGUCGGCCAGAAAAGAGGCACCAUGAGUGACCGCUUUGACUGCAAAAACUGCAACGAGUCCCUGUACGGACGCAAAUACAUCCAGGUGGAGGACAACCCUCACUGCAUCCCCUGCUACGACCGCCUGUACGCCAACACCUGCCAGGAAUGUAAAGAAAUCAUUGGUCACAACGCCAAGGAACUCUUCUAUGAGAACAGACAUUACCACGACCACUGCUUUCGCUGUUUCCGCUGCGACCGCUCUCUGGCCGAUGAGCCCUUCACCAGCCAGGACAACGGACUCGUGUGCAGCGACUGCUUCUGCAACGAGUUUUCCUCCAAGUGUGUGGCCUGCGACAAGACAGUCAUGCCAGGAUCGAGGAUAUUGGAAUAUGGCGGCUCCGCGUGGCACGAGGACUGUUUUGUGUGUCACGGCUGCGAGAAGCCGAUCGGUGCAGAGGCUUUCAUCCCGGACAAAAACAACUACUACUGUGUGCCGUGCUACGAGGGCAGGUUUGCUCCUCAGUGCAGCCACUGCAAAAAGGCUCUCACUAAAGGAGGGGUGACCUACAAGGACAAGGUGUGGCACAAAGAGUGUUUUUUCUGCACGGCCUGCAAAGCUCCGUUGGCUGGUCAACCCUUCACCUCGCAGGGAGAAAGCCCCUACUGCGUCAAAUGUUUCAGCAGCCUCUAUGCCAAAAAGUGCGCCGGCUGCAACACGGCCAUCACAGGGUUUGGAGAUGGAAAGUAUGUUUCUUUUGAGGACCGGCAGUGGCACCAGCCGUGCUUCAAGUGCUCGCGCUGCUCCGUGUCGCUGGUGGGCUCCGGCUUCUUCCCCGACCGUGACCAGAUUCUGUGUACAGACUGCAACAACGACGACUGACCACCACUGACCGAACUCUCCUCACCUGCACCCGAAAAAGCAAAAACAUCAAACACUGCUGACGCCCAGCAGAGAAACCUCUAAACCUCAGCUUUGCACAUGAACACUGCAAUAUCACUAAUUCACUCACAGUUUAAAACUGAUACAGAACUCAGUAUUUACAACUCCAAACUCCUAUCAAACUUUAGCACGUUGAAAUGUUUGUAUAAAUUCUGCAGAAAUGUCCUGUGACAUAUGUGUAUGGCUUUUUCUCUAUUUUUAUGUUUUGCACAUUAGGGAUUAAUAAAAUAUGCAAAAAACGUACCUUUACAUUAAGCCGUUUGUUUAUUCAUAAAGGUGAUAAGGCACCUUUCAUGACAACUAGACAGAACCAGAAUUUGAAACAUCGUUGUAUUCCUUAAAAAAAAAAAAUUCCAAUUUAUAAAACUGCCUUUUCUCUUCUACUGCUACUUGCUACAUAUGUAUGUAAACCCAUUUGUUGAAAACGAACUUUUGCAAAAGCUUUUUUUUUUUUUUAGCUUAAAUCAGCUUUCA